AUCCACAUAGUCGUUUCCCUAGGGUAGAGGUGAUUUUAGAAUAAGGCUUAGAUGCCUAGUAAACGUGCCUGUAAGUCCAUCAUAGUCUCAGGAUCUGUCGUUGAUACUCCUCUUCCUGAAAACAGAGCUGCUCAAGGACGCCGGAAUCUUACUGGCUCCUCGACAUCAACCUGGACAGCGGCUAGAGAGAUCAGGUCUGAGUGGACGCCAAGACACAAUGGUGGUGCAUUGUGAGGUGUUGUUCGUGGCUGUCUGCAUUCUCUUGCUGGGUCCCAGAGCGGGCCACUCACAGUUCAGCCAGAGUCCAGAUCUGACUGUUAAAUCUUUCUGGCACUGUCGUUGCACUGAUGUCACCUACGAGCUGGUCGGCUAUCAACUCUCCGAUCCGACGUCGACUUGGGACGAGGAGGUGCGUGACCAUGAAAAUGCGUACGGCGACUGUGCCGACAAUGACUUUGGCCUGCCAGAGGUUGGCCUCUAUGACCAUGAGUGCCUGAGAGACUUCCACACCUUCCUGGUCAACCACUACCAGAUAGCGGCCGACACGAGAAUCUGGAUGCGGGGCGCACACUUUGCCAAAGGUACCGAGUGUAGCGUGUUCGACGGAUCACAGGUAAUCAGCAACUAUAACUGUUCAUGGCCCAAUGCAUACGUAUGCCAGGGCGAGGACCCACAGAAGAUGCCUUUCGAUUCAUUUGAUGAAGCCCCAGCAGCACCUGAUGUAGAGAUCACGCCUGCAGACACAGUGGUGUACGUUGCGUUUGUCAACGACACCGCCUGUCACGAGAAUUGCGUGACAGUUACGACGACGAAUCAGACUGGAACUUUCUCAACGGAGGUAUGCAGCUCACAUAGCAUUGUGCCGGUUCCCCAGUUGAAGAAACAGGCAACGUACACAAUCACUGCUUUCACCAAGGCAAUACGUCAGUCGUCUUUCUUGCUCUCCAACCGCACAUCACCCGUCACUGUCACUACACUAUCUGCUGUCACCUCACCACAACCGAGUCCACCCAGUGGUGUGACGAUCGAUGCUGCGUUCGCCAGAGCUCUUCAAAUCUCCUGGAUUGCACCCAGCAGCCCUGCAAUCGUUGCGUAUGAUGUGACAGCAGAAGGGACUUCCCCACUCUUCUCCCAUACUGAUCACAUUGGCAAGAUAGCACCUGGCAGGAGUGUGACGGGGACGAUUCUGGGUGAUCUAGUCCCAUACACCAACUACACGGUCACUGUCUCUGUCAUCACUACUGCAGGUCAAAGCCAGCUCUCCAGCUCGGUGUCCAUGUUCACAUUGGAGGAUGCACCAUCAGCCGGACCAGACAUCGUUGGAGCCCACGCAAACAGCAGCACAUCCGUGAACAUACGCUGGACUCCUGUUCCUCCUGAACUGCGUAACGGUGUGAUCAUAGGCUACUAUGUGCUGGCCGAAGCUCUCAACGUCGACAGCGAACACCUCUAUGAGAUCCGUGACGGUGAUGCGUUGGAAUUCCACAUACCCAAUCUCAUCACGUACCAGGACUACUUAUUCGCUGUGUCUGCAGUAACGAGUGCAGGAGCAAGCCACUGGGGCCAGCACAUCUUCAUGAAUGUAGAUCCCAAUGAUCCUCCAUAUGUACGUCCGACCACCUCAGCCCCCACAUUGCCCUCACCCACCACACCACCACCAACAACCAAGUCACCUAUGCAAUAUAUGACAAGCAUAGCUGACUCAACAGAUGAAGACCAGAAGACGCGUGAGCCUGACAGCACCACAGGCUCCGAGCCAGGUGAAGAGGAAAGGCCCGAAGAGCAGUCAACCUCACUGUCGACAGGAGCUAGCAUUGGAAUCGGUCUGGGACUGGGCGCGGUGGCUAUUGCCUUGAUUCUGCUUGCCUUUGUGCUCUACAUCCGCAGGAAUCAGCAUGGACCAGCAAGGUCAUCCGGUAACGGCGACGGAGGGAUGGACACCUUCGCAGCUGCCGAUGUACCUUACGAUGGUUUGAACGAUAGUGUGGAGAAUCCCGUAUACGGCGCUGAUGAAGCGUAAGGAUGAUCUUGUUAUGUUGCAAU